UUCUGCAAAACCAAAAACCCUGCUUCACUGUCCUCCAAAACCCCUCACCUCUCUCUCUGCUUUUUACCCAAAAUGCCCUUCCCUCAGGACCGCCUGGACCUCCCUCUCGACGCCCUCAUCGCCGAAUCCAAGCAACAACGCCGUCACAACAGCCACGCUCACCACCCACGAGGGCAUACCGGUCAUUUCGGCGGCAGAGGCCGUGGAGGCUCCACCUCAGGCCCCGCUCGUCGGCCGAUGAACCACAACGCCUACAGAACGGCGCCGUAUCCCACUCUGCCAGAAAUGCAAGGACAGCCUGGACCCAGAAGGAUUGAGCUGCCAUUGGCUUUGAGCCAAGCGAUGAACAGAGAGGAAAGCACCAAGCUUUAUAUAUCUAACUUGGACUAUAGUGUUACCAAUAGAGAUAUAGAGUUGCUCUUCUCUGAGGUUGGUGAGUUGGAAAGGCACUCAAUCCAUUAUGAUAAAAGUGGAAGAUCUAAGGGAACAGCUGAAGUUGUCUAUAAGCACCAUUCAGAUGCUCUAGCAGCAAUCGAGAGAUAUAACAAUCAGCAUCUUGAUGGAAAGAAAGUGGAAAUUAAGCUUGUGGGACUCAAUGUUGUUUCUCCUGUUCCUCUGCUUCUGCCUCCAAAUACAAAUUUCUUGCAAGAACAUCCAAGUCCCAUCUUCCAGAGGCUAGGAAGAGUUGGUUCAAGGAGAUCGUUUCAUGGUCAUGGUGGUGUUGAACUUGAAAGAGGCCGUGGACGGGUGAGAAAUGGUGGCCCGAAGGUUACUACAGAAUCUCAGCAAUGGAAGAAUGUGACUCCAGAAUCUCAGCAAUGGAAGAAUGUGACUCCAGAAUCUCAGCAAAGGAAGAAUGUGACUGCAGAAAAUCAGCAAAGGAAGAAUGUGACUGCAGAAAAUCAGCAAAGGAAGAAUGUGAUUACAGAAUCUAUUAACAGGAAGAAAACUUUUUAUGGAGAUACAACUGUGACUUUUGAAGAUCUGGAUGCUGAUUUGGAGAAAUAUCGCCUAAAAGGUAGGCCGGUAAACUGA